ACGGCUGGUCCCGCCUCCGAGGCCGAAAUCGGGGCGGAACUGGCGUCGUGCGCACGCGCGCGCAUGCGUGCGGCCGCACAGACGCGGCCAAGAUGGCGCCGGUGGAGCACGUUGUUGCGGAUGCGGGGGCUUUCCUGCGGGACGUGGCUCUGCAGGAUAUCGGGAAGAACAUCUACACGAUCCGGGAGGUGGUGCGCGAGAUUCGGGACCGGGCCACCCGCCGGCGGCUCGCCGUCCUGCCCUACGAACUGCACUUCAAGGAGCCCUUCCCGGAGUACAUACGGCUGGUAACUGAGUUUUCAAAGAAAACAGGAGACUAUCCCAGUCUUUCUGCCACGGACAUCCAGGUGCUGGCGCUCACUUACCAGCUAGAAGCGGAGUUUGUGGGGGUGUCUCACCUUAAACAAGAACCAGAAAAGGUCACGGUGAGCUCCUCCAUUCAGCACCCAGAAACGCCUCUGCACGUGUCCGGCUUCCAUCUCCCUUCCAAGCAGCCACGCCAACCCACAGAGCCCAGGCAACCGGCCACUGAGUCCCAGGAGCUGGAGUUCAGCUCAUUCGUGUUCUGGAGAAACCCUCUACCCAGCAUCGAGCAGGACCUCCAGGAGCUGCUGGGCAGCGCAGGUGAUGGCGUGGCCAGCGAGGACGAGGAGGAGGAGGGCUCCGAGGAUGGGAAGGAUGAGGACAGUGACGGGGAUGGGGGUGGAUGGAUCACCCCCAGCAACAUCCGGCGUGUGCAGCAGGAGCUGGGGCAGUGCACCGUCCCGCAGGACGUGCGGGUGGGCUGCGUGACCACAGACUUCGCCAUGCAGAAUGUGUUGCUGCGGAUGGGGCUGCACGCGCUGGCGGUGGACGGCAUGGUCAUCCGCGAGGCCCGCAGCUACGUGCUGCGCUGCCACGGCUGCUUCAGGACAACGUCAGACAUGAGCCGCGUGUUCUGCCCCCACUGUGGGAACCGGACCCUGAAGAAAGUGUCCGUGUCCGUGGGCGCCGACGGGACGCUGCACAUGCACUUCUCCCGCAACCCCAAGGUGCUGAACCCACGCGGCCUGCGGUACUCCCUGCCCAUGCCCAAAGGUGGCAAGUACGCCGUCAACCCUCACCUCACGGAGGACCAGCGCUUCCCACAACUGCGCCUGUCCCAGAAGGCCCGGCAGAAAACCGACGUCUUCGCCCCUGACUACGUCGCUGGGCUGUCCCCCUUCGCAGAGAAUGACAUCUCCAGUCGCUCGGCCACCCUGCAGGUGAGAGACGGCGCCCUGGGCGCCGGCAGGAGGCGCCUGAAUCCCAACGCUUCCAGGAAAAAGUUUGUGAAGAAGAGGUGAAGGGCACUUGCCCUCCGCAGCUGGACUGGAUCACAUGGCCAGAGGCCAGGGAGCUCAACCCCCGCCCCGCACCCCCCAUGGAGCCUCCGCAGAGACCUGGCAGGGAGCUGAGCAGCCUGGCCCUGCUCCACCCGCCAGUGCUCAGGGGGCUUGUGUGGCAGCUGGGCCCUCCCU